AUGAGUCUCCUCAAAGAGCGUAAACCAAAGAAACCUCACUAUAUCCCAAGACCUCCAGGAAAACCAUUUAAAUAUAAGUGUUUUCAGUGCCCCUUUACUUGCAAUGAGAAAUCCCACCUUUUUAACCAUAUGAAGUACGGUCUCUGCAAAAACUCAAUUACUUUAGUAUCAGAGCAGGAUAGAGUUAUCAAGUGCCCAAAGUCCAGUUCCUUGGAGCCCAAACAGAUCAAUCAGAUAGAACCUACAGCUAAAUCAACUUCUAAAUCUAUCACAAAUGGUCUAUCAAAUCUUGAUUCUAAGCCUCAAUAUGCUUUUGCAAAAGAUGAUGCCAAGGAAAAUGUAGAAUUACAAAAUCAGACAACAAAUAGAUCAGCUCAAGGGCAAAAGCUUGUAAUACAGAAGGAAUUAACUCCUGCCAGUACUACAGCAGAAAGUGUAAUCAACAUGCAGCCUGGUUUGGAUGGCAUUGUAAGGCCCUCAGCUUUUGUUCCUGUAGGAGAGCACAGACAUAAUAAAGGCCCAGAAACUAAUGAGGUUCCUGAAAUGAUAUCCCUGUCUAAUUCAAACAACAAAAGCUUGCCUUUUCAUGCAAAGUCUGCAUUUCAUGCUCCAAACCACCCAUGGAAAACAGGUUCUACUUUUAUCCCACCAGAGUUUCCACAUAAAAUUCCUCCCACAAAAGGCUUUGGUCCCAUUCCACCUUACAUGCAUACAAUAAUUCCAGAGUAUUCACCCCCUUUUUAUGAGCAUGGACUGGCUAUCUAUGCACCUUACUUGCUUCCAAGUAACUCACCAGAGUGUGAAAACUCUGUGCUGUCUGUCUAUGGGACCCAAGAUCAACGACAUUUUCUUCCCCACCCUGGGCCACUCCCAAAGCCAAUAAAUCCAUCAUCAUAUGAGCACUACCGAUUACUUCCACAAUAUCAUUCCAGUCCCCCAAUGCCAUAUGGAUUUUGCAGACCAACAGAUCCUCCAUUUUAUAGAUUUCCACAUGUAGCUGGUAUUAGUAGAGAUACAAGUUCUCAUCUAAUGGAGGAAACUACCUUGCUGUAUCCAACUUCUUCAAGUCCAUCUCAACAAUACUCAUUAAGCUCCCAUAAAAAGCAGACUGAUUAUGAAAAAGAAAUUCCACGGCUGCAUGCCAAAAAUCAUUCAAAAGAAGACCCGAAUGAAAGAGAGAAUGCCAAAAUGAGCCCCCGUGCAGGGAGUGCAGCAACAGGCUCACCUGGUAGACCCAGCCCAACUAACUUCACUCAGACAAGCCAUGUUUGUGAAGGCCUGUUUGACCUCUCUAACAAAUCGUCUUCCACUGUAACUGGGAAGUAUGACCAACAGGAAGAAAACUUCUCAGCCUUCAGACUUGCAAGGAAAAGCAUAGAUCAAUCAACUCUACUUCAAAACGUGCAGAACCAGCAAGAUAGAGAUUCAUCUAUCAGUGUUCAUGUCACUGGGGAAGAUACAUAUGUUCACACUGAAAGUCAAGCAAAGAAUGAGGCCUCUCUGUCCAACGCAGAGGACGACACAGGGAUAACGCCGCUUAAUCUUUCAAAGAAGCCUGACACACACACAGGAGUUGUUCAUGAACACCUGUACAAAAAUGCUUCCAAAAUGGAAAUUCAGAGUUUUAUUGAAUUGCAAGACAUGCCUCUGAAUCUCUCUGUGAAAGAUUCCUACAACACAAUCAGCCUGAAAAAUUCAUUUCAGCAUUCAUCACAUGAUGCUGGGACUGCCACCACUCCAAACAAUGAAAAUGAAAAUUCUGAAGAUGUAUACAACACAAUGAAUCCUAACAGUGCCUGUGACAAGCCUUCUUUCACAGCACAGAGUACUGAAGUCCAAGAUUUAAGAGUAAUUGACAAUUCUGAUGAACAAAAACAAACAGCAGCUGUUGCUCUUUGUCAGCUAGCUGCAUAUAGUCCUAGUAAACGAAGACUGGACAACGAAGAGCAAAGUUCUCAAGACUGUAGUACUCCAUGUACAGAGCCUACCCUCUGUUCUUCAGAUACUCAGGAUAAUCACUGCAAUCACAAAGCAAAAGGACAAAAAAGGACAAAUCAAAAAGAAUCAGCAAAAGCACAGCAAGGGUCUAAAAGAGUAAGACCCAAUGACUGCAGCAGAGUGUUUACUCUAAGAAAGAGAACACGAGUAUCAUAAUAUUAUUUCACUUGCUAAUGUAUUUCGUUUUACAUCAUGGAGCAACUGUUAAACUUAUCUGCUAGAUUACACAGUUUCUCCGUACCGACUUCUUUUUUCGUUUGUUUGGCUGACUUUUUUUUUUGGACCAUAGAAGCUAUGUACAAACUACCAUGUAAAUAGA